CCACACGGAGGAGGGAAGGCAGAGGAAAAAAAAUGAGAAAGCAAUGGAGAAAUAAAACGCAGAGGGAAGGGGAAAAAUCAGAAUGAGCAAGUGAGAUCAGUGGAGAUGUGAAACAGUGAAGGAUCAGAGGGAGGGGGAGGCAAAGCCAGAUUUUUAUUGGAAGCAAUUGAAGUGGUUGCUAUGAGACCCGCUCCAGCAGAGGACCAGCAGGCAGCCUGUCGCUGAUGGUUCUUGUCGUGCACCAAAGCUUUCCUUUGACACAGUUUUAGAGUUGUUUACUCUCUGAGCAAGCACCUGACACGGUGACUCUUUUCUUCCUUUUUUUCCUCCUCGGGUCCCCCGAGUAAAAUGGAAGUAGAAAACGAAGCCCACUGCUGCCCUGGCAGCUCAUCAGGCGGGUCCAGAGAGUACAAGGUGGUAAUGCUGGGCGCAGGGGGCGUUGGUAAAAGCGCAGUCACAAUGCAGUUUAUAAGCCACCAGUUCCCGGACUACCAUGACCCCACGAUCGAAGAUGCUUAUAAAACCCAGGUGAGGAUUGACAACGAGCCUGCUUACUUAGACAUCUUGGACACUGCCGGUCAGGCAGAGUUCACGGCCAUGAGGGAGCAGUACAUGCGUGGGGGAGAGGGCUUCAUCAUCUGCUAUUCUGUCACUGACCGCCAGUCAUUCCAGGAGGCUGCCAAGUUCAAGGAGCUGAUUUUCCAGGUCCGUCACACCUAUGAAAUUCCCCUCGUGCUAGUGGGUAACAAGAUUGACUUGGAGCAGUUCCGUCAGGUGAGUGCAAAUUUUAUAUCAGCUUGUCUUUGCGUCCAGUGAUACAUGGUAUCAAAUGUGACUGGUUCUAAGUUUCAGCUAAUGACCUAUAGUUUUCCCUAAGAAACCCAUAAAUCUUCCCUUAUAGUGUGUUUUCUUCCUCUGUGUAGCCUGUCUUCUAUGUUUCUCAC